UCUCGUGCCAGGUUUCCGGCUCCGGGUCCUCGCGGCGGAGCCGCCGGUCGCACUUUCGGUGCGGGAUCAUGGCCUCAUUGGGCUGGCGCUGGUGGCGCUGCUGCUCUUGGAGAGCGGCCUCGGGGAGCCCUGGGCUCGGCGCCUUGCGGGGCCCGCCCGAAGUCCAGGGAUGCGCGGUCCCCGCCCGGCCUGCGGCCGGCUCCCAGAAUCUGAUGCCUAAUUUCAGUCUUGUGAGGAGUUUAUUAUCCUGUCCUAAUAAGCACAGUAUAUCACGGUUUCAUCACACAACUCAGGUGGUAGGCUGCUAUAGUAAAACACAGAGUGGUGAGAAAUACACAGACCCUUUUAAGCUUGGUCGGAGAGACCUGACUGAUUUAUAUGAAGAUAUAAAAAAGGAAUUAUUGGUGUCUACAACAGAACUUAAGGAAAUGUGUGAAUACUACUUUGAUGGCAGAGGAAAAGCUUUUCGACCAAUUGUUGUGGUGCUAAUGGCCCGAGCUUGCAAUAUUCAUCAUAAUAAUUGCCGUGAUAUGCAAGCAAGUCAGCGUACCAUAGCCUUAAUUGCAGAAAUGAUCCAUACGGCUAGUCUGGUUCAUGAUGACAUUAUUGACGAUGCAAGCUCUCGAAGAGGAAAACACACAGUUAAUCAGAUCUGGGGUGAAAAGAAGGCUGUUCUUGCUGGUGAUUUUAUUCUUUCUGCAGCAUCUGUAGCUUUGGCACGAAUUGGAAAUACAACCAUUGUUUCUGUUUUAACACAGGUCCUUGAAGAUUUGGUGCGUGGUGAAUUUCUUCAACUGGGGUCAAAAGAAAAUGAGAACGAAAGAUUUGCUCACUACAUUGAAAAGACCUUUAAGAAGACUGCAAGUCUCCUAGCCAACAGUUGUAAAGCAGUUUCCAUUUUAGGAUGUCCUGAUCCGGUGGUUCAUGAAAUUGCCUAUCAAUAUGGAAAAAAUGUUGGCAUCGCAUUUCAGUUGAUAGAUGACGUGUUGGAUUUCACUUCAUGUACUGACCAGCUGGGCAAACCAACCGCAUCAGAUCUGAAACUUGGAUUAGCCACUGGUCCAGUCUUAUUUGCUUGCGAGCAGUUCCCAGAAAUGAAUGCAAUGAUAAUGAGACGGUUCAGUUUACCAGGAGAUGUGGAACGUGCUCGGCAAUAUGUAUUGCAAAGUGACGGUGUGCAACAAACAACCUACCUCGCCCAACAAUAUUGCCAUAAAGCAAUAAGGGAAAUUAGUAAACUUCGACCAUCUCCUGAAAGAGACGCCCUCAUCCAACUCACAGAAAUUGUACUCACGCGAGAUAAAUGACAUCUUUCCAUUUUCUGUGGCAGCUAUUUACCAGACUGUGCCUAAACAAUUUUAUGGAACACUUUUUUUUUUUUUUUUUUUGCCUCCAGUGCAGAUUACCAAAAAUCUUUUUUUUUUUUUAAAUCAUUUAAAACUUGUUUAUUGGCAAUUUUUAAAAGAACUUUUUAAAGCCAGUUGUAUUGAAGGAAGCCAUAACUAUGUCAUUAAAUCAUCUGAAUUUGUCCUUGGUUCUAGUGCUGUAAACUUUAAUGGGGGUAUUAUUUAUGUGUGAUAUUGUUUACAAUGUUAAUAUCCACAUGUAAGGCCACUACAAUAAAUAAUCAAUGUUUAAAAGAUUUGGGGUUUUUUCACCUUUUCCUACAGAAUAUUAAAGUAACAAAAAAAAAAAAAAAAACAGCAAACUUCAGAUUCAAGCUUAAAUUUUGGUUAUAUUUAACAGUACCCAAAAUUGUAUAGAGGAGAAUGAUUUAUUAUAAAAGACUGUACAUAAAAUUUAGACAACAGGGUUAUAUACAAAUUAAGAAAACUUUCCAAUUGAUAACAGCAAAAUGAAAGUUAUUUGAACACUAAUGAUACUGAAAAUCAUGUUUACAAUAAACAAAGGAAUGAAGCAGUCCACAUUGACCUAGGAUGAAAUAAAAAGUAUUCAUCUAAUUUUCAGAAACAAAUGUUUUAUACUGAUCUUUUUCAUUCACUGUGCCAAAACCUGCAACACCUGAUACAACUGACUAUACUUUGAAAUCCAAACAAGUCCUCAAUACACAGAAACCCACAUUAGAGUGUUCUACUUUAGAUAUUCUAAGUAAUAUAGAUUUGGACAAGACAAGAACAGAAGUUGCCACCUCUGAAGAGCUGACCAAAGCCCACCCUUAAAUCAAGAGGAGACACACAAAGUGAACGUGACACUUUAAUAAUGAGAAAUGAAGUUUCCAGUUUGGGGAUGGUCCCUAUUUUCACUGAUCAAUAUAACUGUCUUCCUUACUUGAUCUUGUUUUGGAUUGCCACAGCCAGAUAAUGGAUUUAAUAGAGCCAGUACAAGUCAACAGCAUGCACUUUUACAAAAAUUAUUUGUAAAUGGUACUCUAAUUUCCUUAUACUGAACCAUCAUUUGAUCAAUAGUACUUGAAAAAGGCAGCCGUAAAAUUCAUGGAAUGGUAACAUGGCAGUAAAUUGGACCCCAUAAACAGACAAGCUUGUCUAAAUUUUAAUUGCAAUAAUUUGAUCCCUUUAAGAUCUCCAUCUUAGCUUUGAAAGAAAAUUUUAGAAAAGGAAUUUAUAUUCUAAAAUUUCAAAAUAAAUCACUUUCUUCUAAGUCAGGGCAAGUUAAUAUAAGGCUUACACCAAUUUUUUGUUCAUGGAGAAUGUGCUGAGAAAAUAGAAGCAUUAUUCCACAGUAAAUCCAUACUUUUAUUUGUAAAAAAAAGCAAACCAAUGAAGGAAAGGACAAUACCUUUGGUUCACUUAUGUAUUUAUGAAUGGAAAAAGUGAAAAUGCAAAUUUACUCAUUAAAAAAACUUGGGUACAAAUUACAACAUACAGAAGACCACUCGGGUUUUGUUUCACAUGGAUACCUUAGAGACUCAACAAUUUAAUAGAUUUGUGUAUGAGUGCUCUAGGUAAAGAUUACAACAAAUUGGAAGCAUCUUGGAUUUUUUUUAAAGUAUAUUUCAAUACAUAAGUUUGUAUGCAUGCUUUAAACAAAUAGUAUAGUUCAAAAAUGAGCAAGAAACUAAACAAAAGUAUGACCAGCACUAGCAUUAAACUUUGUUUUUUUCCAGAUUCUUAAUGUUAGUCUAACGUAGUGUUAGUUACCAU